AUGAUCCUUUCCACUCCUGCUCCCCCUUCAACGUUCCUCGCUACUACCAAGCCAUCUCCACCAUUUCUUAGGGUUUCUAAACUCUGCUUUUUAACGUGUUCUUCUUCUCUUUCCCUUCGUUUUAGAUCCACUGCGCGACGCUCUACUACUUGUACUUGUGUCCUCCCUUCUCUCAACUUUCACGCAAUGGCUGAACUCGUUAAGGAUAAAGAAGUCUUCGCUUCUGCUUCUGCUCAAGUUGACGACGAGAAGAAGAAAGACAAGGCUCGCUCGCGCUCGUUUCUUGAUGCAACAACUGAACAAGAAUUACUGUCUGGAAUUCGGAAGGAAGCAGAAGCUGGAAAACUUCCUUCAAAUGUUGCUGCAGGAAUGGAAGAACUUUAUCAGAACUACAAAACUGCAGUUUUGCAAAGUGGAAUUCCCAAUGCACAUGAGAUUGUAUUGGAAAAUAUGGCUGUUGUAUUGGAUCGUAUAUUCUUGGAUGUCCAGGACCCUUUUGUCUUCUCACCUUAUCACAAAGCUUUGAGAAAGCCAUUUGACUACUAUGACUUUGGUCAGAAGUAUAUCCGUCCAUUGAUUGAUUUUAGAAAUUCAUAUGUAGGCAAUGUUUCCAUUUUCAAUGGAAUUGAAGAGAAGCUUCGGCAGGGUCACAAUAUUGUCUUGGUAUCAAACCACCAAACUGAAGCAGAUCCAGCUGUCAUUGCACUGUUGCUUGAAACAUCAAUCCCUCAUACUGCUGAAAACUUGCACAUGAAUGAUGUCCCUGAGCAUGCAGAGGAGAAGAGAAAAGCAAAUAUUCGAAGUUUGAAAGAGAUGGCUUUGCUUUUAAGGGGUGGCUCACAAGUAGUCUGGAUUGCACCAAGUGGCGGUAGGGACCGCCCAGAUCCUUUGUCAGGAGAGUGGUAUCCGGCAAACUUUGAUGCUUCUUCAGUAGACAACAUUAGAAGGCUUGCUGAACAUUCUGGGGCUCCAGGACAUGUUUAUCCUUUGGCAUUAUUAUGCCAUGACAUCAUGCCCCCUCCACCUGAGGUGGAAAAGGAAAUUGGAGAGAGAAGAGUUAUUUCAUUUCAUGGAGCUGGAUUAUCCGUUGCACCAGAAAUCAGCUUCUCUGAAAUUACGGCUGCAUAUGAAAAUCCUGAAGAGGCUAAGGAGGCGUACUCAGAGGCUCUGUAUAAGUCUGUGACUGAGCAGUACAAUGUGCUUAAAUUCGCUAUACAUGGCAAACAAGGGCUAGGGGCAUCAAUUCCAACCUAUGUGCCAGAAGAAGCUUUUCUCUCCAUGAUGAUAUGGAUGACUUAUUUUGAAGAUGCAAUCCGAGCAACAAAUUUUUGCUGUGCUUACAUUUUAUUGAAGCCUUUCUUGAAGCCAAAUCCAUCUGAAUUCGAGCUGUUCCAGAGGUUCAAUUUCUGGUGUGUAAAGCUGGGCAUCCCUCGUCCUACACGUGGCAUCCAUGGACAGGCAGGUAUGCAAGUAGGGACGCGAGAGCCGUCGGAUAUACAAAAAAUAAAGAUAAGUGAUCUGGUGAGUCAUCACCAUCUGUCAUCUGAUAAGCACUGUGUGAGUGAGGACCACGCGCCGCUCCCGUUUGAGUCUCAACAAGGAAACAACUGCCGCCUUCAGGUGGAGCUGUUGACGCAACAGAUUAAGAACAGAGACAAUGGCAAGCUCUCUGUGGUCUCAACUUCUUCUCCUUCUUUGCCACUUCCUCUUGCUGAUGAUAAUUCAUUAGAUGUACUCCUGAUUGAUACAAAGAGAGGCAACAAGAUUGUUGCUUUUUAUCUUAAAAGCCCUUAUGCAAGACUCACUGUGCUUUACUCUCAUGGCAAUGCUGCUGACCUUGGCCAGCUUUAUGAUCUUUUUGUCCAGCUGAAGCCAAGUGAGUCCAACACGUAUGCUGAUAUAGAGGCAGUUUACGAGUGUCUUCAGACACAAUAUGGAGUUAGUCAGGAAGACUUAAUUUUGUAUGGGCAGUCGGUUGGUAGCGGGCCAACCUUGCACUUGGCAGCGAAGUUGCCAAGGCUGAGAGGUGUAGUUUUGCAUAGUGCCAUUCUUUCUGGUCUUCGUGUGCUCUGCCAUGUGAAGUUCACAUUUUGCUUUGACAUAUACAAGAACAUUAACAAAAUUCGGAAGGUGAAGUGCCCUGUUCUAGUGAUACAUGGCACAGAGGAUGAUGUUGUGAACUGGUUACAUGGUGAUGGGCUGUGGAAAAUGGCAAAAGAACCAUAUGAGCCUUUAUGGAUUAAAGGAGGCGGGCAUUGUAACUUGGAACUAUACCCUGAUUACAUCCGGCAUCUCUGCAGGUUUAUUCAUGAAAUGGAGAAUAUAACCACAGAAAUCCGUCUAAAAAAGAUCCGGCAGAAUCUCCAUCUAAAGCCUAGGUCUAAGACUGCUUCCAACAAAUGCUGUAGGUUCAAACUGUGGCGACCUAAAUGCCCAGAAUGUUUUAGACCCAGUGCCCAGAAUGUAGGAGACCCAGAUGUUCAAGCUGUGUUAAAUGUGGCUGGAGACCCAGAUGCUCAAGCUGUGUUAAAUGUAGCUGGCGACCCAGAUGUUCAAGCUGUGUUAAAUGUUGCUGGCGACCCAGAUGCCUAA